UUGUUGAACAGCUCAUUUUACUGUGAUUGCACAUGCUGAGCCUCUUCUGGUAAUGGUAGGGGAAGAUGCCAUGUUACAUUGUCACCUCUUUCCCAAGAAAAGUGCUGAGCAAAUGGAAGUGAGGUGGUUCCGUUCUCAUUUCUCUCCAGCUGUUUAUGUAUAUAAAUAUGGGAAAGAAAGAGAUGAAGAACAAAUGGAAGAAUAUCGAGGCAGAACAACAUUUGUGAGAGAUGAUAUCAAAGCUGGAAAUGUUGCUCUGAAAAUACACAAUGUCACAGUUUUUGAAAAUGGAAGGUAUCACUGCUAUUUCCAAGAAAGCAGAUCAUAUGAAGAGGCCUUUAUAGACUUGAAAGUGGCAAGUAUGGGCUCAGAUCCCUUCAUUAAAAUUAUAGGUUAUGAAUAUGGAUGGAUACGACUAGAAUGUACAUCAUCUGGAUGGUACCCACAACCUUGGGUAGAGUGGAGAAAUCUUACAGAAGAUACAAUUCCAUCCCUAGAGAAACAUCUGGUUCCCAGUGAAGAUGGGAUGUUUGUGGUGAAUUUAUCUGUGGUUAUCACAGAUCACACAAUAGUUAAGGUGUUCUGUUCCAUUAAAAACCCCCUUCUCAGCCAAGAGUUGUUGACAAUGAUGUCUAUUCCAGAAACUGUUCGGGUCUCUACUUCUAUGCCCUCUGAAAGCCCCUCUGAGCUCCCAGAUCCAACAACUCCUGGACCUGAAAAGGUUUCUACCUGUAUGGUUGCUCUUGUGGUCUUGCUUGCUAUUGGAGUUUUUAUUGCUUGUAGUAUUUACUUGUAUUUCAUAUGGAAUCAACACAGGAGGAAAAAGACACUAUUUAUAGAAAAAGAAAUUGAAUGUGAAGAAAAAGAGAAAGGAUAUGAUGAAAGGGAGCAAGAACAUAUGGGAAAAGAGGGAUCGAGCAACCUGAGAGGAUGGAGAAGGACUCAGUUACAUGCUGCUGAUGUGACUCUGGAUCAAAACACAGCUCAUCCUGAACUCUACCUCUCUUGGAAUUUGAGAAGUGUGAUACGAGGGAACACACGGCAAGAUCUACCUGACAACCCUGAGAGAUAUGACUGUAGACCUUGUGUUCUUGGUCAUGAGAGCUUCACCUCAGGGAGACAUUACUGGGAAGUGGAGGUAUCAGAUGUCAUGGUGUGGGCCCUUGGAGUCUGCAGAGAAAAUUCUGAGCGAAAGGGGGAGGUCCUACUAAUACCUCAAAAUGGAUUCUGGGUUAUUGAAUUGUUUGGAAAUAGAUAUCAGGCCCUUACCUCCCCUGAUAUCCUCCUCCCUUUGCCUGAGCAACUCCACCGGGUGGGAAUUUUCUUGGAUUAUGAGGCUGGAGAUGUAUCUUUCUACAAUAUGAUUGACAGAUCCCACAUCUAUACUUGCCCUCGCACCUCUUUCUCUGGACCUCUCAGGCCUUUCUUCAGACUUGGAUCUGAUGACAAUCCUUUGGUUAUCUGCCCAGCAUUCACUGGAGCUGAGGGAAUCACUGUCCCAGAUAGUGGCCUAAUCCUUUAUAGAAGACCUCACUGACCCUUUGAUGAUAAUCUCACAGAGCUGAUACACACACAGAGAAGAAACACAAUUAUCAAUCCAUUCAUUCCCAAGGUCUAAGGAAGAAAGACAGAGAAAAAAAAAAAAGGAAAGGGAGGAGGAGGAGAA